AUGGGUGAGCCCGACCUCCCGUCCAUCUCGCUCUGGGUGGUCACCGUGGUGUACUGCGUCAUCUUCGUGGUGGGGGUGUCGGGAAACAUGCUGGUGGGCAUGGUGGUGUGGAAGAACGUGGACAUGAGGACGCCGACGAACUUCUUCCUGGUGAACCUGAGCAUCGCGGACCUGCUGCUCCUGCUGGUGACCAUGCCUGUGGCGCUGCUGGAGACGUGGAUCCCGGAACCCUGGCUGCUCGGCCGUUUCAUGUGUAAGUCUACGUUCAUUACUAUUUACCACCUGGUCUUCCAAGCGUCCAUCUUGACCAUUUCUGCCAUCGGGGUGGAGCGGUACUACGCCAUCUGCCACCCGCUGACCGCCAAACGGACCCUGACCCGCCGCCGCAUCUUCUGCUCCAUCGUCGGCAUCUGGGCGUUUUCCCUGGUGCUGUCGUCUCCCAUGAUCGCCUUCACAAACCUAUACUCGAACCAGACGUCACCAAACCAGACGAACAGCUCCGUGGUUGUGGAGGCUUGCGUGACGGAUAUUGGUACGACGCUGGGGAUGACGUACAUCACCGCGGGGUCGGUCCUGUUCUUGGUGGUUCCCCUGCUUCUCCUGGUUGGGCUGUACACGGCCAUCAGACGGCGGCUGUGCGACCUCCCCUCCACCGAGCAGGGUCGCGACGUGCGCAAGCUGGCUCAGAUGCGCUCCCGCCGACAGGUCAUCAACAUGCUGGUUGCCGUGGUGGUGACGUUCUUCGUCUGCACGACUCCCCACAAGGUGGUGCAGAUGUGGCUCCUGUUCCUGUCAUCCGAGCAGUACGAGGCCCUGCAGCAGAACGAGGUCAUGGUCAUGAACUUGCUUGUGUUCCUGCGCAUCAUGGUGUACCUGAACUCCACCCUCAACCCCAUCCUGUACACCCUCAUGUCCUCCAACUUCCAGACAGGCCUGCUCAUCGCGCUGGGCUGCCGGAAGAAGGACCCCUGCCAGUCCACGGCGUCGACGUACGUGUUCUCCUCCAGGCGUUCUGCCACGGCCAUCAGCCUCGCCACUCUCAAGAGUUACCCGUCACACACCUUCAGCCGUUCUACCAUUAGAAAAGAUUUCGCACCUCGCCAAAACGUGCCGGCCACACCGGGAGGAGGGUCGGGCGGUUUGAGUCCCAAUGGGGGAGAGUUGGCUGGGACUCCCGCCAGCUGGUUGGUCGUGUGUGCACAGACCUCUACCGGCUCCUCCGGCUCCUCGAUCUGA